AUUGGAAGAUAUGGGAGAUUUUCUUUCUUCACUACAAUUAAGUCAUGAUAUGGUUAUUCACUUUUUCUUGGCUGUCAGCAUUUAAAAAGUUUUUGUAAUUCCACUCCUCUUCUUGUUCUUCAACUUCUGUUGUUCCCAUGGGAGAGAUUUUCUUUCUGGCAUCAGCUUUUCUAGCUUUCAGUUCCAGGGGUGCAAUUUUGUUAUUUUGUCUCUACCAUUGUGGUUUAAACUUCAAGUCAGUGGCCUAUUUAUUGCUAAAUAGGAGAUAUUCAAGUAGAACAGGACUGAUUACAAUUCCUUCUCCUCUCCUAAGUCCAGUUCUGUAGCUUGACAACCUUAAUUUACUAUUUAUUUGCUUUCUUAAUCUUGUUAUAAUGAUCUAACAUUUUCUAUUACAUUAGGCAUCUGAUUCAACUAAAGAAACUCAGCAUGAGCUCUCUGCCCUAGAGUUUUUGUUUCCCUACAUCUCUUUGCUAUAUGCUUUGUAAGUUUUUACAAUAAUUUUUUUGACUUAAUUUUUUUGAGAAACUAAUUUUAAUGUGCUAGUGAAACUGCAGGUAUAUUGAGUUUUAUGAUGUGAUGUCUGUGCCAAUGGCCAUUGCUCUGUCUGGUCAACUUCUUCUUGGACAACCUGUAAUGGUUAAACCUUCUGAGGCUGAAAAGAAUCUUGUUCAGUCUAAUGCCUCUGGUACAGGCUCAGGUGGAGUUGCUGGACCAUAUGGAGCAGUGGAUAGAAAACUGUAUGUGGGGAAUUUACAUUUCAAUAUGACAGAACUGCAGCUUAGACAGAUAUUUGAACCUUUUGGCCCUGUGGAGCUUGUGCAACUACCUCUUGAUAUUGAGACUGGGCAGUGCAAAGGUUUUGGGUUUGUUCAGUUUGCUCAGCUUGAGCAUGCAAAGGCAGCUCAAAGUGCUUUGAAUGGAAAGUUGGAGAUCGCUGGUCGAACCAUUAAGGUUUCCUCAGUCACAGAUCAUGUUGGUACACAAGAUACAACAGCAAAAGCUGCUGACUUUGAUGAUGAUGAGGGUGGUGGUUUGGCUUUGAAUGCUCAAUCAAGAGCAUUACUAAUGGCAAAACUGGAUCGUUCUGGCAUUGCCACUAGUAUUGCUGGCUCUCUUGGAGUACCCAUCCUCAAUGGGUCAGCCCCAACUCAACAAGCUGUUGCAUUGCCAAUCAAUGGGCAACCAGCAUAUCUGGCUCCAAUUUUGCCUUCUCCAAUUGUGUCUGCUGCAUCUUCUGAACCUAUUGGACAGCCCAGUGAAUGUUUGCUGUUGAAGAAUAUGUUUGAUCCAGCUACUGAGACGGAACCAGAUUUUGAUCUGGAUAUAAAAGAGGACGUGGAAGAAGAGUGUAACAAAUAUGGCAGGGUGAAGCAUAUUUAUGUGGACAAAAACAGUGCUGGUUUUGUAUAUUUGCGGUUUGAAUCUAUUGAAGCAGCUGCUGGAGCCCAGCGUGCAAUGCACAUGAGAUGGUUUGCUGGCCGAUCUAUAGCAGCCAAAUUUAUGGAACCCCAUGAAUAUGAAGCAAAGUUUAGAGGAUGAACUUGAACCAGUUUUGACCUAGAGGAAUAUGCAAUGCAGACACAUGGGUUGAGGAUGGGUCACUUUUUGAACUUCUUGUCCUAGGUUUAAAACUUAAAAGAACUUUAAUUAGUACACAACUUGCUGCAUGUAUGAUAAUACCAUUUAUCAACCUCUUGGUCAGAUAUGUAAUCUGCAAUUCAACCUUUUGUGUAAGUUGUAGACUUAAAGCAUAUGCUGACAUUUUUUUUUUUUUUUCUCUUACCGGUUUUCUGGUCACUCCUUAAUAUGUUGCUCGCAACUCUUGGGCUGCUCAUAAUAUUUCUGACAUUUUCUUAGAAGUGUGGUUACAUAUCACCUUUGGUCGGGACAGGCAAAAUAGAAUGCCAUUGUGGGACUGAAAUGUCACUAAUGCCCCUAAUGAAUUAAUAAAGCAUAAGAAUUCAU